GGGUGGCCUCUCUCGGCUGCGCAGAGACCUCCAAUCUAGUUGGCUCCGGAGCGCGCGCCUCGCUGUCACUUAGGAGAAAGGCGCAGCGAGGGGGAGGCGGGGCCGACGUCUGGCUGGAAGAUGUCGCGCUCUAGGAUUGGUGGUCCAGGCGAGUGGGCGGGGACUAAGGAGGCGGGGCCCCAGGGAUUGGUGGAUGCACAGGCGAGGAGGGGCGUCCCCUUUGUCCCAGAGCGCUGCGGACGGCCGCCCCUCGGGGUGUGAGACUGCGGUGUGGACGGUGAGUGGGGGCCGAUUGGCGCGGGCGAGCCGGGACCUCUCCCCUCACCGAUGCGGGAGCCGGCGCGUCCCCGCACGGAUCCGGUGCUUCCCCACGAACACGCACUGCCCCCUCCCUUCGCGCCAGUUCCCUCCCUUCCCCGGACCCCAGCGAGCCCCACCCCCCCUUGGCCCCGCCCCGGCCCCCGCUCCCCUCCACCGCGCGCGGAGGCCCUUCCCCGGGCCCUACCCCGCGGGCGGCGGGCCUUGCCGGGGUCCGACGGGUCCGGCGGGGAGGGUGGUAGGCCUCGGGGGCGCCGGGCUCCCCGGAAACCGCCUGAGGGGCCCGUGGACGAAGGUGCUUCUCGCCGCAUCGCUCACCCUCCCUGCGUUUUUCUACGGACGCCGUCUUUUUCCGGUUGCUUUGAGGCUCCGACGCGCGGCGCUUGGGUUUUCUCUGCUGCCGGCCGCCCUCUCGGCCCGAUCGGCUGUGCGCCCCGGGCCCCGGCGGGGCGACGGGGCGGGGACGAGAUCGAGGCCCGGGUCUCCUCCCCGACGAGCGCCUUCUCCCAGCCCACAGGCUUCUUUGAGUUCCGUCUUCCUCAGAGACUCCAGGGGACGGGCAAUGGCGGCAGCCGGUCUCCUGCCACCAGCAGCAGGACCCCAGCCCCUGUCAUUUCAGGUGAAGGUGACCUUUGAAGAUGUGGCCGUGCUCCUCUCCCAAGAGGAGUGGGACCAGCUGGGCCCUGCUCAGAGGGGCCUUUACCGACACGUGAUGAUGGAGACCUAUGGGAACGUGGUUUCGCUGGGACUUCCAGGAACCAAGCCCAAUGUGAUCUGUCAGCUGGAGCGAGGAGAGGAGCCCUGGGUCCUGGACGGGCAUGGGGCCAAGGAGAGCUGGGGCCUAGGCAACGACAGUUCGGAAUGUGAGAAUAAGGGAAGAAACCAAAUUAGUCUGAAGCCAUUCAUUUCAGAGGAAUUAUCCGUGAUUCUGGAGAAAACACCCCCCGGGUGGAUUGAUCAAGGAAGUUGCAAACCUGAACAGAGCUUCUGUCUGAGCCCAAGUCCUGUGGGCCCCCCUGAAGUUCAGGUCUCCAGCCCAAGCGAGCCACUCGACCAGCAGCCGGCCGCUUCUGGCAGGGAGAGACCUUACAAGUGCAUCGAGUGUGGGAAAUGCUUCGGCCGGAGCUCCCACCUCCUCCAGCAUCAGAGGACCCACACCGGGGAGAAGCCCUACGUGUGUGGGGUAUGUGGGAAGGCCUUCAGCCAGAGUUCGGUCCUCAGCAAACACAGGAGGAUCCACACAGGCGAAAAGCCCUACGAGUGUAACGAGUGCGGAAAGGCGUUCCGGGUGAGCUCAGACCUCGCACAGCAUCACAAGAUCCACACGGGAGAGAAGCCCCAUGAGUGUCUCGAGUGCCGCAAGGCCUUCACCCAGCUCUCGCACCUCAUUCAGCACCAGCGGAUCCACACGGGGGAGCGACCCUACGUGUGCCCACUGUGCGGGAAGGCCUUCAACCACAGCACUGUGCUGCGCAGCCACCAGCGGGUGCACACCGGGGAGAAGCCCCACGAGUGUGCGGAGUGUGGCCGGGCCUUCAGCGUGAAGAGGACGCUGCUGCAGCACCAGCGGGUGCACACCGGGGAGAAGCCCUACUCCUGCAGUGAGUGUGGCCGCACCUUCAGUGACCGCUCCGUCCUCAUCCAGCACCACAAUGUGCACACGGGCGAGAAGCCCUACGAGUGCGGGGAGUGCGGCAAGGCCUUCAGCCACCGCUCCACUCUGAUGAACCACGAACGGAUCCACACAGAGGAGAAGCCCUAUGGCUGCUACGCCUGCGGCAAGGCCUUCGUGCAGCACUCCCACCUGAUCCAGCACCAGCGGGUGCACACCGGGGAGAAGCCCUACGUGUGUGGCGAGUGCGGGCACGCCUUCAGCGCCCGGAGGUCUCUGGUCCAGCACGAGAGGAUACACACAGGUGAGCGGCCCUUCUGCUGCACACAGUGCGACAAGGCGUUCAGCCUGAAAGCCACACUGAUCGUGCACCUGAGGACGCACACGGGCGAGAGGCCCUACGAGUGCAGCCGCUGUGGGAAGGCCUUCAGCCAGUACUCAGUGCUCAUCCAGCACCAGAGGAUCCACACGGGGGAGCGGCCCUAUGAGUGCGCCGAGUGUGGUCGUGCCUUCAACCAGCACGGGCACCUGAUCCAGCACCAGAAGGUGCACCAGAAGCUGUGACCUCGGCAACCACAAGUCUCUCUCACACUUGGGCACACACUCGGGAAGCCCCAGCUUAGGAGAAGCUCUGUCAGCUGCAUAGGAAGCCCUUUGGUAAUUGAGGGUCACAGAGUAACUAGAGGGAGAAGCACUGUGCUCAUCACUCCUUGGGGAUAACUUCAGAGGUGCCGAUUUUAUUUUUUUCAACGUCUUGAAGUCAUAUUGGAGAGUAAUCACAGUUGUAGUGGAUUUCGGUAAAGACAGUCAUAAUUCUCUAACAUCACACAGUUUAAAUUGAGAAACUAAGCCCUAGCUGGUUUGGCUCAGUGGAUAGAGCAUCAGCCUGCGGACUGAAGGAUCCCCGGUUUGAUUCCGGUCAAGGGCACAUGUCUGGGUUGCGGGCUUGAUCCCAGGGGGCGGGGGGGAGGGGGGGGCACGAGGGGGCGUUCUGGAGGCAGCCUAUCAAUGAUUUCUCUCAUCAUGACAUUUCCCUCUCCCUUCCUCUCUGAAAUCAAUAAAAAUAUGUUAAAAAAUAAAUAAAUUGAGAAAGUAAAGGAAAUUAAGGCAUAAAGAUGACUGUCACAAUAAAACUAACUUACAUCCCAAAUAAAGGUUUCUUCUUAGAACAUUUCAUGCCUUUCCUAAACACAAUGAUUGUAAUUAUUGCAUUUAGAAUGUUGGACUAUUUUCAGUACUCUGUUAAACCACUUAAGUAUCUGUGGAUGAAAUGAUAUUAGAAAGUGUCACCAACUAGCAUCAUGUAAAGAGGCUGGAAAUCCUGUGUGUGUGGAAUCUUCUGUUUUGUAUAGAGAAAAAAGUAGUAAACAUUAGGAGAAAAUAUAUAAAUUUAGGAAAACCUUUACUUGGGCCUUUAAAUUCAUUCAAGAUCAGAAGGGAUAUCCUAACUUUUUAUUAAAAAUUUCAUCUCAAAAGUGGAUCUUUUCCUCAAAACCCAUCCUUAUGACCAACAGACCCUGUGUCCCAGAAAUUAUGGGAUGUCUUGGGUGUCUGGGCCCCAUUUGGGUGGAGGUGGAAAGCUCUGCUCAGCUCUAGACAUGAUAGUUGCUGCACCUAGUGGGUGCUGCCACACACUGCUGUUUCCAAAAGAUGUGACUUAAAGACUUAUUUGGUGCUUAUAACAAACGUCUCAAAUUCAAAUAGCUCUUUUUCCUAUCAAAUAUUUCUGUUCCUAAGUUUAAGGGACUUUGUUUUUCAUUUUUUUUACUAGAGGUCAGGUGCAUGAAAUUCAUGCAUGGGAGGGGGGUGGGGGGGCGGUGUCCCUCAGCCCGGCCUGCACCCUCUCCAAUCCAGGACCCCUCAGGGGAUGUCCAACUGCCUCUCGCCCAGGACUUCUGGCUCCUAACCCCUCUGCCUGCCUGCUGGAUCGCCCCUAACUGCUCCCGUGCUGGCCUGAUCGCCCAUAACCACCUCUGCCUUGCCCCGCACCCGGGAUCCAGGAUUCCCUUCUCUGGCCACUUGCAGGCACCCAGGACCCAGGCUGGCCGCAGCCGCAGAGGACCAUGGGCAGGCCGCUUCACGGGGGCUGCAGGCGCUGGUGCCUGGGACUGCGGGGCAGGCGGACUGUCCCUCUCCCAGGCCACAGCCUGGCUGGUCCCCAUUCCUCUCUCCCCAGUGUUGAGUGUCUGAGCUGUUAUAGUGUGAGGGCAUGAUGACCAUUUGCAUAUUAGCUCUUUAUUAUAUAGGAUUCCUAGUUCCACGAGAGUCUGUUAUCCAUUGUCAGAUACAGUAAUGAAUCUGGUUUAUUAAUAAUUUUUCAAAGUUUUUUCUC